ACAAAAUCAAACACAUUUUUUGUACCGGGCACAACAAGCCUGCGUAACUUAACACCGUAAGCUCGUGAAUGACUGUAUAGUGUCAUGUAAUAUCAUUAUUUAUAAUACAUUUCUUAUUGUUUAAUAUUUAUAAUAUAUCAUAUUGAAUAUCGAGACGACAUAAUAAUAAUAUUGUUCAUCAUACUAAUUAUUAUCCUCUACGCCAAAAUCGGUUGAUUUGAACUGACUUCCACGGCCGUAACGGAAAUGAUCGAGCUGAACUUUUACAGUGUGGUUUUGAUGCCAUUAGCGGGUUUGAUAUCGUACGCAAUAUGGUCGCGACUGCGCAUGCCUGUUGAAUACCKACAGAUAUCAUCUCACGUGCCGUCUGUCACAAAAAGUUUUUGGACUGAGAUGGUGCUUUCGUGGAAACUCGCGAUGCUUCAGCCUAAAGAUAUAAUACCAUUUGUAACGGAGUUAUUUAGAGAGAAUGGUCCAGUAGUUCAUUUUAACCUUGCAGGCAGAUCUUACGUUUUACUUAACGAUCCAGACGAUUUAAAAAUUCUGUUAUCCAAUACACAAUAUAUCAAAAAAGGGCCAGAGUAUGAAAUGUUGAAACCAUGGCUUAACGAAGGUCUUUUAUUGAGCUCAGGUCAGAAAUGGCAGAGUCGACGAAAACUCCUCACCAACACGUUUCACUUCAAGACAUUAGACAUGUACAAUCCUUCCAUAAACAAACACUCGCGCAUAUUGGUGGAUAAGCUAUUGGACGCGUCUGCAAACGACGAUAAAGAAAUCUCCAUCUCUGAAUACGUGACUUUGUGUUCUCUGGACAUUAUUUGUGAAACGAUUAUGGGCACUGAAAUGAACGCUCAAAAAGGUAAAUCAGCUGAAUAUGUUCAUUCGAUUAAGAGUGCUUGCAAAUCAGUUAUUGAACGUAUUUUCAAAUUCUGGCUGUGGAAUGACCUGGUUUUUAAAAUGAGUAAAAGUGGUCAAAGUUUUUUUAAAUCAAUCAAAGUUCUACACGAGUAUACUGAUAAUGUAAUUAAAAGUAAACGAGCGUCGUUGAAUAACUCUGGAAUUGAAAAAGUUCAGUCAGACAGUAAAUUUGGAAAAACGCAAAAGAAAUCGUUCUUAGACUUACUCCUUAAUGUUUUGAACGACACGCCGGAUCAGAUGAGUGACAGAGACAUUCGUGAGGAAGUAGAUACGUUUCUUUUUGAAGGACAUGACACAUCUUCCAUUGCGAUGACGAUGAUUUUGGUUUUACUGGGGAUGCAUCCGGACAUACAAGAUCGAGCCAGAGACGAACUACGUAGCAUUUUUGGAUACUCUAAUAGAGAUGCAACGAUGGAAGAUUUAAAUGCUAUGAAAUAUUUGGAAGCCGUAAUAAAAGAAUCGCUUAGAAUGUAUCCAAGUGUGCCGGCUUUUACGAGAGAACUAGAUAAACCAUUGCACCUCAACAAAUAUAUUAUUCCUCCAAUGACUACAAUUACGGUAUAUCCCUUUAUUCUACACCGUAAUGAAGAAAUAUAUCCAAAUGCUGAAGAAUUUAUCCCUGAAAGAUUUUUGGACGAAGAAAAUAAGGCGAAGUUUAUAUUCGGAUAUUUACCAUUUAGCGCCGGCGCUAGAAACUGCAUUGGACAAAAGUAUGCUAUGAAUCAAAUGAAAAUAGUUGUAUCAACUAUUUUACGGAAUGCUGGGUUUGAAUCUAUAGGACGAAAAGAAGAUAUUCAAAUCAGUAGUCAAUUAAUUAUAAGAAUCGAGUCACUUCCAAAAAUGAAAUUUUAUAAGCUUUAAUAUAAUUAUAAAUGGCGUAUUGAA